CGGCACUUGGCACCGACACCCAUGGCUUCCUCCUUCUUCAAGCCCCAGAACCGCCAGAACCAGCAGGCAGCAACCGCUCAAAGACAUACGGUGGACCCAGCACUGCAGCCAUGGGUAGAGAAAUACCGCCCAAAAACCAUCGACGAUGUGUCCGCGCAAGAGCACACUGUUAGCGUGCUGCAGAAGGCGUUGACCUCCACAAAUCUCCCUCACAUGCUGUUCUAUGGUCCUCCUGGGACUGGAAAGACAUCUACCAUUCUCGCUCUGUCACGACAACUGUUCGGUCCAGACAACUUCCGUAGCCGCGUCCUCGAGCUCAACGCUUCAGAUGAACGCGGUAUCAGCAUCGUUCGAGAGAAGGUCAAGAACUUUGCCCGUCAAACACCAAGAGCCCAAGCGGUCGCCUCAGAUGGGAAGGAAUACCCAUGUCCCCCAUACAAGAUCAUCAUCCUGGACGAGGCAGACUCCAUGACCCAAGACGCUCAAGGCGCCCUCCGUCGAAUCAUGGAGACGCACGCACGCAUCACCCGCUUCUGCCUCGUCUGCAACUACGUGACACGAAUAAUCGAACCCCUCGCCUCCCGCUGCUCUAAGUUCCGCUUCACCCCCCUCGACUCCUCCAGCGCCGCCGCCCGCCUCUCCUACAUCGCCACGAACGAAAACGUCGCCGUCUCCCCGCCCGUCAUCGACACCCUCAUCUCCACCUCGGGCGGCGACCUCCGCCGCGCCAUCACCUACCUCCAGUCCGCGUCCCGCUUGUCCUCGUCGACCGAUCCUCCGACACCCAUCACGCCCGUUGAUAUUCAGGAGAUUGCUGGCGUGGUGCCAGAUGGUGUGAUUGACAACUUUGCGCGUGCGGUGGGGAUUGAGGUCGAUGGGUCGGACGCGAUGGACGUCGAUGGGUUGCAACGGCGAGGGUUUCAGCUCGUGCAGAGCAAGGUGAAGGAGGUUAUGCGUGAUGGUUAUUCGGCGACUCAGAUAUUGACGCAGCUACACGACCUCGUCAUCCUGCACCCCACGUUGAGCGCACGCAACAAAGCACAAUCCGCUCUCGUCUUCGCAGAAGCGGACAAGGCGCUCUGCGACGGCGCGGACGAAGAACUCUGGAUCUUGGAAGUCGGUCUCCGCCUAAACAAGAUAUUCACUGCAUAGUCGAUGGGGCUGAACCCCUUCUUGUUCUGUACAUUGCAUUAUAUUUUUCCUUGCAUCUUGCGAUGAUCAACAAGUCCGCCUUUGGACCUUCUCCG